ACGCGCAGAUGCUCCGACGGAGCGCCUCGGUUAUUCGUUCCUUCCUAUGUUGCAUCUGUUCAAUCAAUUUCUAGUUUUGUUUUCUUUUUGUUUUCAAUUCGUUAUACACGAUAAAACGUUUCUUAUUCGACUUGGAAAUAAUAAGUGCACGAACUUUGUUGAUCCCCCAUUAAGUUUGCUAACAGGAUAAUAAUUAAACAAGUGUUUGUUUGUUUGUUUGCUGUGAUGUGCGUGAUUUAUUACUCUACGUCCAAUUAUGAUAAUUGAUAAUAGAGAGAUAAUAAUUACGUGAUAAAGGAUUUUUUUUCGAUUGGGAACUAUCGAAUAUACGCGUGUGAUACGGCGAUAAAUCGAAAAAGUGUUGCAAACAUUAAUUUGCGAAUUGGGGCUCAAGGAAUACUAACAAAUGAUGGUUAACAUGGAGGCUUCUAACGAACAACACACGGUGACGGCGGCAUCGCCACCACCACCACCACGAACUACACUUAAAAGUAGUUUUAGCAUUCGUAGUAUAUUACCGGAAGCUUGUUCUGGAACACCAUCCUCGGUACCGUCGGUCAGCCAAUCGAUUUCCUCCGAUGCAUCGCACGCCGAGGAUAGCGACGAGUCUUGUGAUUUGGAUGUAACAGGUGACGGCACGGAAACCCCGCCCCCCUUGGAUUGCUCGAGAAAUUCUAAUUCGACCAAUCCGUCGGAUCAAACUAAUCAUCCGAAUGAAAAUCAUUCGGGAGAGAACAAUAAUAGCAACGACGAUCAAACUAGCGACGUUAAAAAAAAACCUGAAAAACCGCCGUACAGUUACAACGCAUUGAUAAUGAUGGCCAUUCGCGAAAGUCCGGAAAAACGAUUAACCUUAAACGGCAUUUACGAAUACAUCAUGAAAAAUUUCCCAUAUUACGAGAACAAUAAACAGGGAUGGCAAAAUUCUAUAAGGCACAAUUUGUCGUUGAACAAGUGUUUCGUCAAAGUACCGAGACACUACGACGAUCCCGGUAAGGGUAAUUAUUGGAUGUUGGAUCCGAGCUCGGACGAUGUUUUUAUCGGUGGUACUACGGGAAAAUUGAGAAGGAGAUCUUCAGCGAUAUCGAGGUCGAGAAUGGCCGCAUACAAAAGAAGCAUGUCCUUGGGUGGUUUGUAUCCAAAUCCGUAUGCACCAGCGGGUUGGCCAACUACCCUCUACACUUUUCCUUAUCUACAUCGUGCCGUAUAUCCAGCCGCAACUGCAGCUUAUUCCAACCCACCGGGUGGUUAUCCAACGAGCCUUUUACCUGGCACGGCUUCAACGACCACCGCCGCCACUGGCUUACCUUGCAAACCUCAACCAGUUCCAGCAACCGCUGCACCACCAGCACACGGUUCUUUUUCCAUGGAAAGGUUACUCCAAACCUCCACCGGUUAUCCAACAAAUAUCGCUACGAUAUCAAACAUCCCGGCUACCGGUCCUUACGAUUUUUACACUACUCUGAGAUCGUUAGCACAUCAUCAUCAUCAACAUCAAACCCAUGCUGUUUUUAAUCAACAACAAAGGUAUCAUGUCAAUCAACCCUCCGCAUUGAGUCAACCACCUUCCAAUACGGCAUCACCGGGUAGUAGUCCCGAACCAAUGUCCCCCCAUUCGCCACCGGUUUCAAUUUGUUCUAGUAAUACGAUGGUACAACAAACCAACAGACAAAUUCCUCACUCUCCUCCACAACUUUUACUCAAACCCAUUACCGUUCUAACCGGCAGGCAAAGUUGAAUUCUAUAAUCUUCUUCAUUUCUUUCUCUCUUGUUUUUUCUUUUUUUUUUAUUAGGAUUUGUUUUAUUUCUAUUAGAACUUAAUCAAUUAAUUAUUACGAUUCAAUUAUUUUACUUUUAAUUGUACUUUUCGACGAGUUAUCGGUUUCAUUCCCGACGAAAUUCAUUUAUUUUAAUUCAAAUCUAAUGGUAUGUACGGAACGAUUACUGUCUUGUAAAGUUUACUGUAUAAAUGUAUCUUCUAUUUAAUUCUAUUUUCCAAAUUAUAAUUUAUAUUUUAUUUAAUAGUAUAUUAUAUAUAUUUAAAGUCCUAAUCAUAAAAAAAAAAAAAAAAGGGACACACCACUUGUACAUACGAAUUGUAAAAUAUAAUGAAUAGAUAAAUGCGCGUAGAUUAAAUUGUCGUUAAGAAAAUUAUUGCGAUCGAUUGUAGGUAUAAGUUAAAAUAUGAUGAGAUUAUUUUCUAUUAAUAAUACUUUAAUCAUUCAAAGUGAUAUGCCAUGGGAGAUCCAAUAUCUUCAUGCCAAAUAUUAUUAAAUAUUAAGUAUUCGUGAAUAAGUUUAAUUUGAGAUCUGGAUAAUUAAUAUAAUGAUUAAAAUAGUGGCAUGAAAAAUGUAAAUUUGAGUACCGCAUUUCAUUCGUUUCAGUCUACUCUGGCCCAAUUUUUUCACAAAUCCUACAGUCACGAACAUUUGAAUAUAUUACUUGUUUAAUAUCAUUAAAUUCAUCCUUAGAAAAUGUAUUAGCGAAGUAAUAUAAUAA